AUGGGCGACCGUACUGUGGCUGGCGAAGCCACCCUCGUACGCGCAGUACGAGCACUCGACCAGGGCGACGUCGAAACAAUACCCGACAGACUCGAGAGAGUCUGGGAUAUUCUUGAGGAAUAUCAGGGAGGCAGCUUCCAUGCUGCCGAGGAAAUGCUGCUACGGUGGCUUCUCAAGAACAUGACCGGAACCUCUGCGAAUGCCGAACGAGUACGACGAUACCCUCGAGUUUGGGAUAUAUUGGCCGCCAUCUUCGCCUUGGUCCCCCUUUUCUCGUUGGCCAAGUCGCUAGCGGAUCGCCGCUUUGUUAGCAUUCUACAACAGACGCUCAAGGAUGCUUCAGCACCGCAGCAGGAAGAAACUCGUGAGGAUGGGGGUGAUUCAGACGUCGAUAUGGUUGACGCGCCGACUGUGGAGAACCCAGCGAAUCCCCGGAAAAGGAAAAGAGACAACGCAGCUGGUUUUGAUGCUGCGAGACAAAGGCGGGCGACCGGCUGCCUGCAGACUGCCGAGGCUAGCUUCGAGGCCAUCCGGAUCCUUCUCUCACGAUGCGAGCUCAAAUCCCAAGAUGGGCCCGCCACACAUCGGAUGGGUGCCGAGCAUGUCAAGUCGUUGUUCUCAACAUCUUCGACCGAGACUAUGGGCAUCUUGGUCCCUUGGCUUGCCAUCUGUGGUCUUGCAUUGGAUAGACCCAAGCCCGAGCCAUUGAAGGAGCAGUUUUCGUGGCUGUCGACGUUCGCCGCCCUAUGGGAGCUUCACCUCCAGGGCGCAGCGGACACGUUUGAAGUUGCAACGCAUCUCUCGGGGACGGCCACUCGACUUCUUGGCAAGCUGGCCGGCAUCCCACAGCAGAUGCCGCUGGGGAUCGAAUUUGCGGUUCAGGGUCAAUGGGCUCGGGACCUACGUCGUUUCUUAGCACGUAACCUAAUAUUACCCGCCAAAGCGCUGUUCUUGACCAAAGGGAGCCAAGACAUAGUUAAAGUCGUCGUUGACAUGUCGAGCGCGUCGGCCCAGAUAACCUUCCCUGUGUUGUUUGACUUGGUCAGCAAAUCCCCGCUGGAAAUUGGCGGUACAACUUCCAGGAAAGACUACGAAACGUGGGUACAGGCUGUCUUCGAUGCCAUCAUGCAUGCUGCAAAGAACCUAGGCCGUGAAAACAAGACGGUAGCCGUCAGGGCGGCCUUGGAGAUAGCAGCAGAGCGAGGCACGGUUCUAUCGGCCACCAGUCUCCGCGCUGUGUGCAGCGACUAUGCCCUCCGGGCAGACGCUUAUGACUGGAGGUUACUCCUUGCCGUCACCAAACUCAACCCAGACGUCUUCUUGGUCACGGACGAAGGGAAGCAGCUCCUCGAACAGAUUCUGGAGAAGACUAAACAGCCCGAAUCAUUCGCGGACGAGGACUCGAAGAAAGCGGCGCAGUUCAUCGUUUUACUUGCGGAUGGGUACGCGCAGGCUCGCGAUCUGUCGACGUUCGUUCGAAUUUGGCUCAAGCAUCUUGCUCCUGUCAAACCGAAAGCUGGCCUACAGCCACUGUGGGCGCAAAAGGAGCUUGCUGACACGGUCGCAAAACUGCUCCAAUCGUCCCUUAAUUCAACCCAGCUCGUCGAAACCCUGGAGUGGCUCUCGUCUCAGACAGAGCCUACCGAGAGCAUGGCCAGGAUACACAUCCUCAAAGCCAUCUCUGGCGGUAUCUCGCAGGAAGAAUUCGUGGAUGUUGCAAACAUCAAACUCUUCCAGGGCGCUUUCUUGGAAAAGCCCUCCAAGAAGGACCUCCCUGCCAUCUCUGCAUGCCGGUGGAUGGUGGCUUCCAAGGCGAUCGCCAGGGGUACCCUCGAGGAGGUUGACCAGAUCUGGUCGCAAAUCAAGUCGGAUAUCAAGAGCGCUCUCCGGGAACGAACCAUCCCGGCGCAGCGCGAUGAGGAUGAUGCGGCCUCACUGAUCUGCUCCUUUCUCGGGAGGAUCGAGAAGGGCAGCGAGCCUAUGGAACUCGACUCCGACACCGGCGAAUCUUCACCAAAGGGCAUGAGCUUUUCAGAUUUGGAGUCCGUCGGACGCUGUCUCCUGACCAAACGCUCAAACCGCCGGUCCAGGGGAGGACUUCCUAAAGAUGAUACCCCGCGGGAUCGGGAAAAUCUCAAGCUCUUGCAGCAGCUGGCUGUGUUGGCUAUUCGGCAAAUGACGAACGGCAGCCCAGAGGAACGUGAAAAGACCUAUCUCAAAAAUGCUAUUUCGCUCCUCCAAAGUCCUUGCCAGGAUUCAGGGACCGCGCCGCGACUUGUUCUGCUCCAAGCUUUUAUCUCAACCACGCAAGUUUCGUCUAUCGUCACAAAGCUUGAGGAGGACGGCUUGAACAUUGGCAGACUUAAAGCUCAGCUUCUUCAGGUCGCAUCACCAGCUGUCACGGCCGAGAAGCGCACCGGAAAGGGACUGUUGGCACUCCUCGUCGCCCUAGAAGCACUGAACGAGCUGGACCGUCAGGCGGUGAAACAAGCGCUUUCUAACGCAGUUCCCUCGUUAAUCGAGGCUAGUGACUCGCUUCUCGAGAACGGACUACAGGUUGGUUGGGAAGUGCGCAUGUUCGUGUCAAAUCACUUCCCCGAAGCACUCGGGUCGCCGUUGAAAAUCAAGAUGUCCGUGGCAUCGCCACCAUCUCAAGGAGAGGACGUCGAGGGGGCGGAGGACAACGAGUCUGCUGCGGCUCUCGGGAAGAGAUCUCUGCUGGGAUAUGUCGACGCUGUGGUGCAGUCUGCCGACGAGGAUACGAAACUUGGGUAUCUCAAAGAGUUGCUCCUUGAGGACGACGAGACCCAGGACAUGCUUGGUCGCCAGCUGGUUAUUUACCGUUUAAUCCAACACCUCAAGGGUAGGUUGAACGUCCGCAUCUACAAUACCCUGCUAACCUCUCCAGGCUCCCGACCAUCAGAGUCCCCAGACCGGUUCGACCUUGCCCAAGCCCACAGCGCGCUCUGCAACCGUCUCGUGCGGACAACCACCGCCCCACACUUCCUCCUCACGGCGAAAUCCAUCCACCUCCUCCUCGACCAGAACCCGGCAUGCAUGACUCAAUGGAACAUCGAGCUCACCCUCAGCACCGUAUCGACGCUCUCCGCCCGCCCCUCGACCCAGGCCCUCAUCUCCGACUCACCCAGCAUCUACCCCUCCCUCUGCCGCCUCGUCGAAAUGGUCAUCAAGCGCCACCGCAAACGCCUCGACGGACACUUCCACAUCCUGAUCACCGCCCUGCAAUCCCUCCUCCAGCUUCUCCUUUCCCGAGCCCAAAAUCUCCCCCAUCAUCACCAACAACCAACCCCCACCACCACCCCCACCCCCAACAACAAGCGCUGGGAAACCCACGCCAAGCUCUUCACGCGCCUCCUCACCCUCAUCUGCUCCCCCACCGCCGCCUCCGUAUCACGCUCCUCCCAAAAGACAACAGGACUCGACUCGGAGCGCGACCGGGCAAAGAGAUACGCGGGGCAGUUCAUGCCGCUGGUGCUGAUGCAGUACGUGCGGCUGCAGCUGGCGCACGCGGUGCCGCACGGCGUGCGCGAGGCCCUCGCGCCGGGGGCGUACGCCAUCUUGGAUAUCACGAGUCCGGAUGGGUUGAGGGUUAUGAAUGAUGGGAUGGAUGCGAGCGGGAGGGUGGUGUUUAGGGAGAUGUAUAAGUUGUAUCAGCGGUUUGGGAAGUGGAGUGGUGUUUGA